UUACAAGAGCAAGCCUGAUGAUGACUACGAAGAUCCCAAAGAUGUUCAGGCUAUCAAAGAAGCCCAGACAUUCAUGGGGGAUUUCAAUCUGAAGACAGCUCCAGACUACAAGAUACCUGAGCACAUGAGAAUAAAUGCAGCCAAGAAGGAGGAGGAACUCGGGUUCCUUGACUCGAUGGCCCAUGGAAAGAAGAGGUACAUGAACAAGUGCAUCCUUUCCCUUCGAGAUCUCAAGUUGGCCGUCAUUGAGGAAAUCCAGUGCCUGGUACAAGAACUGAAGAACAUUCAGUCUUCCAUCCCAGCGUCCAAGCACAUGCCCAUUCCCCAGGUCCCACAGAUAUAUCCAGAAGAAGUCCCAGAACGGAGAUUCCAGUAUGACGAGGAAACACUCUUGAGAUUUAAGAGAAAGCAGAAGAAACGGCAGGAUGAAAAGAGCAGCAGCAAGCAGUCGGGAUCCGGGGGCUCAACCGGAGGAGGGCUAGGGUUCCUCAAACUGUCCUCGGGAAAAGAGGGAGAAGUGACAACGAGAGACUCUCUGUCUCGGUCGUCCAAGGCAUCAGCGCUCCUGGAGCUUCCAAAGCAAACCGAGUUUGAGAAGGUGGAGCCAGGUGACGUGGAACUGGAGAUUAUGAAGAGAGACGAGGUUAAACACUUGUACAUGCAACAGUUUUUGUGCAACAGGAUCAAAGAACUGACUGUCACUUUUGAUGCAGAACUUCAUCUUCUAAGACACCGGAAACUGAAGCUAGAUACUAAGAUGAAAUUAUCGGACCUACACCAUGUCACCUUAUUUCAAGAAAUGCUUCUCCUCAAGAAUUUUGAAAAACAGGAAAAUAUUCUUCAAGAGAGAGUUAAUUCCUUAGACAAAGAGGAGCAAGACAUGCAAUGGAAAAUAAAUGAAACUCUUAAAGAGAUGGAAGAGAAAAAGAAUGAAAUCACCAAACUCCAGGAUCAGGAAAAGGCUCUCUACACUGGCUUCCAGGCAGCCCUGGGAGAAAACAAUAAAUUUGCAAACUUCCUCAUGAAGGUCCUGAAGAAGAAGAUUAAGCGGGCAAAGAAGAAGGAAGUUGAAGGAGACGCUGACGAGGAUGAAGAGAGUGAGGAGUCGAGUGAAGAGGAGUCCAGCCUGGAGAGCGACGAGGACGAGUCCGGAUCUGAAGAUGACGUUUUCGAUGAUUCGAUCUGCCCAACAAACUGUGAUGUAAGUCUCUUUGAACUGGCCCUCCAACUCCGAGAGAAAAGACUGGACAUUGAGGAAGCCUUAGUUGAAGAAAAGAAAAUUGUUGAUAACCUGAAAAAAGAAUAUGAUACAAUCUCCAAAAAGGUAAAAGUUGUGGCAACCAAUCUGAAUGCAGCCGAGGAGGCCCUGGAGGCUUAUCAGCGAGAGAAGCAGCAGAGGCUGAACGAGCUGCUGGUCGUCAUCCCUCUCAAGCUUCACCAGAUAGAGUAUGUGGUAUUUGGGGAGGUGCCUGAAGACCUUUCCGGGACCUUGGUCUUCUCCAACCACUCCCUCGAUCGGCUGCAAGAACGAAUCAUACAGCUCCAAGAGGAAAACGCCAAGCAGCAAAAACUUAACAAAGAAUGCAGGGAGAGGCGGAAGCUGCUCAUCCGGGAAAAGAGAGAGAUGGCGAAAACCAUCAACAAAAUGGAAGAAACUGUCCGGGAGCUGAUGAUCAGCAAGUUUGGCCGUGUGAUCGAUCUGGAAGCCCUCCAGACCCUUUCUGUUAACACAACCCUUGAAGAACUGAAGAUCAAAAAGCUUCGGAAGGAGCUCUCCAAUGCAAAGGAGUUAAGGAUGUGGGAGGAAAAGAUUGCUCAGGUGCGCUGGGACCUGAUGAUGAAGACGAAGGAGCAUACCAAAAAGCUUCACCAGAUGAACGACCUGUGCCUGCAGAAGAAGAAACUUGAUUCCAGGUUGAACACACUCCAGAACCAGCAGGUAAAUGCCUUCCAGGGCCCUCGGAAAGCAGAUAUAGUGGCAAAGCAGAAGGUCACCGAACUGGUCCAAACCCAGUCAGAAAAGAUUACGGCGUUAAAGGAAGAGAUUGCGCUUUUGCGGAAGAAGGGGGGGCUUAUCCUCCCUCCCAUCACAGCCAUGCAAGAGAACGAAAUGAAGCCCACGGACUCUUAAGAUUGCUGUCUUCUCAUUUCUACCCAAGAAGUUCAGUGAAAUUCACCAAUCUGCUUCCCCGUCACCCACAACCCUCUUGCUUUAAAGUGAACCAUAGUGAGAACUUAAAAACAGGAUCCUGCCCUGUGACUUAACAAUAUUCCCCAGGUUAGAAGUCACUGUGACACUGACAUGUACUUAUUACUGUGCUGAGACAAGUUCAAUGGUUUCACCCUGAGUUGAAUAUGAG